GUAUUCAUGUAACGCAUCAUUCAAACCAAGGAAAAGUGUUGUGCUCCCUUAUAGAAGUGAUUAAUAGAAGCUGUAUGUAAAAAUAAUGGAAGUUCCGUCCUGAAAGUUUUGAAUAAUUCAAAUCGAGAGCUCACAACUAAGAUUAUCUAGGCCAGGUCUAUCAAAAUGAGUUCCAACAACAAUGUUCCCACCAACCCUGAAGGGUGGAAACAGUAUUCAGAAUCAGACUCUCUGCCCACCCUACCUCAGAAAUCAAGUGUGGGAGUUAACGGAUUCAAAGUGAGUUUUCAAGGACGGUAGAUGUUAAAGUUGCUAAUAAGUUGCAGUAUGUUAAGCGAGACAUAUAUGUUGAUGUCCCAACUGUGCUUGCAUCUGCUGCGAGUGCUAGGCAAAUCAGUAUAUACGCAGAUGUCCUUGCAUUCCCUUCACCAAACAUUAACAUCGCGGUUCCAAAGUUUGGAAUUAUCAAGUUUAUCACCCGGGUCGUAUCAGCAAGUGGACCUCUUCUCAUUACUCUUAGCCCAGCGGCCAAUGAACAAUCUGCUUUCCUCAUUUAUGGUUCAACCUUUGACCAACCAAUCUCAUUCAAAGUCGGCUCCGAUCCCCCAGUCUCCCUUAAUCUUUCUCCAGAUUUAGGGAACCUCGGAGCAAAGAUUAUUCUCAAUAACGGUGUGGCGACUCUUACCUACUUGAGUAGAUACGUCGACCUUUCAAUAUCCGACGUUGAGUUCAACAAAUGCUUAUCGACUCAAAUUCGUAUUGCCUCGAUUCUAUUCUGGCUGAAACCAGCAAUUGCAUUAUCUUUGGCUUCUCAUGUAGCUAGAGCAACUGCUUCGUCGUUGACAGGCGCUCUUCUCAACCUUCAGGCGCAUGCUUUGGGACAACAAAUUUCGGCAUCAGCUCUGACUGGGCCCAACAUGAAUUACGCGCCGAGUUUGUCACUUGGGCUAUAUAAGAUAGUCCUUGAUAAUGCUAUAGCAACAACCCUUGCUUUUGAAACCCAGUACAAUCGUUUCUCGGAUCGCCAAGCUCAAAUUGCGGACCAAAAGUUGGCAUGGAAAGCCAUGCUUGACCGAGAAAAUGAUGCUGUCACUGUCCAACAAACUCUCGUCAGCAAUGCUUUAGCCAGAUGGGAUAGCGCAACGGAUAUCUUGAACAACGCGGAAAACACUAUGCAAUUUCAUCAAAUUGUACUUAAAGAGAAAGAGAUACUUUUCUCGUCAGGGAUCGAACAAUGGAAAUUCCGCCAGAUUGAGAAAGCAAUUUUUGACGUAUUCAAAGCCGUCAUUGGUAUGUCUGAUGUUACCUUCUUCAACCAUUUCGUGGACGUGAAAAGCUUACUAAAACUUUUACCAGGAUUUUCAAUCGCCAUUGGUGAGUUGGCUAUUGGAAACCCCACAGGCGCGGCUGCCGCACCAGCUGCGGCUGCUUCAGCAGUUACAACUAUUGCCAAAGCCGCAAGUGCAACGAAUGCAUUGAUUAAGCCCGACACACUCAAGGCUCUCAAGGGUGGCACCGAGGCAAUUUUCAAGUUAUGGGAUAGUACAAAUGCCAUAGUGACUGAAGUCCGAGCACAAUCUACUCGUGUGCCUUCAAGCAUCAAUUUGAACCCGGCAGGAGGGGACGUGUCGGGCGACGAUAAGGGCAGUGCUGAUUUGACAUCUAUCGUAAGUCUCGCAGCAUGGGACGAUUGGAUGUUACAGGCAGAUUCGCAACUCAGCUUCGCCAUCGCGCAGAACAUUGGAGGUGCCAGCGCGUACCAGCUUGAAUUGCGUCGACAUGCAAUAGAUGGGAAACUUCUCACACAGGCACGAGCCCAAUCCGUCAAGCUUGGUAAAUGCUCCACUAAUUGACUCUUGAAAAGACAAUUGCUAACUAUACCGUGUGUUUUAGGCCAGGAGUACCUUCAAUUAUGGCUACAAUUGCAUGCUACGCAAACCAAUGCAGCUCGUCUCCAACAGCUCUUCGAUACGUAUCAGGACGAAGAAGAUAUUGCUCUCGAAGCACAAAGCUAUUUUUAUGACAGAGUUUUGAUGCUUCGUACUAGUAUUAUGAUCUACAUGAGAGAUGCUGUGUGGGCAUACAAAUACUACACGCUUAAUGACAGCUCGAUUACAUUGGAUCCCCUUAAAUCCAUAUUGGAAUAUCAACAAGACUCGAAUAUGAUUGUACAGGAAGUCACUAUAAGCAAAGAAAGAUACUCGAGUGAUGUUACAAGUGAGUCAAAGUACCCAACUCGUGGAGACUUCAAACUUAUUUGCGUUAAUUUAGCUUUUAUUCCUACCACUUUGACAACUGAUGUAAGUGAACAUCACAGAAUUUGCAACGAAAAUUUGCUGAUUGAUUUUUGCUUGCAGCUACCACUGGACUAUGCAACCAUUGUUGUGACCGCUCUCCAGUCACCCUCCAAUUCCGUCGUCAUCACGCUCUCGCCGGAAAUCUUGAAUAAUGAUCCCAGCUCACAGAAUCUUCCACCAAUCACCGGACCCUUCACUGAUGGUUCUAUGUUCCGCGUCUCUGGUAUGCGCGCGUUUCUCCUUGGCGCCGUACCCCAUACAUACACAAAUAAUACAGCUCUUGUGCGGCUCACCAUCUCCACAUCCGGCGUAUAUGCCGAUGUGAAGGACAAUACUGUAUAUGGCUUUACAAUAAAACCCCUCAAUCGACCUUUCGAGUAUCUUAUGGCGCGUGACGGUACAGCUAGUCUCCCACCAAUCAAGGAUUCGAUUAUCAAAAGUCAGGAUUAUGUCGAUCCUACCCCAUUUGCGCAGUGGACGGUGAAGAUACUUAAUCCACAGGACUUUGAUUUGACGGGCUUGACGGGCUUGAAGUUGUAUUGGGAGGGUAGUGCACAUUUUAAUGCUCAUUAGGUCAAUCCUCCAAUAAGUUGUGAAUAUCAGUGAUGAAAUUCUGAUAUGGAUUUGUCCCUCCAACUAUUUUCCCUACUCUAGUACCAUUUCAAUACUAUCUGUUAUCCAAUACUAUACCUCUAACUUACUGAGGAUAUGUAACUACGGCAUGUACAUGAACAUAACUAUCUAGCUUGUAGCUGCAGUCUUGUUUCUCACUUCGAAAAUUUGAUUGGGGAAUUUCCUCUGUUGUUUUAUCUAGAUGUAUACAAUCUUCAGUAUCGGCGUACAAAACAUCAAAAGAAGCACAUACACUGCAUAUCAAGCCUA